GCUUUGUCACCAUGGUGAUGGAAGGACUGGCGGUAGUUUAGGCCGCGGUUUUUGCCCGGUACCAAGCAUCGCUUUGGGGAGACAGACAGACGAACAGCCGGGGGCGAUUCGUGAAGGGGAAGCUAUAAACGCGAUUGGCCUUGUUGGAGCGGAGAAGGCUGUCCGCGAUGGACCUGAGCCUGAAGCGGGUGGACUAUCUCCAGGUGGGAGUGACAUCUCAGAAAACCAUGAAGUUGCUUCCUGCAUCUGGACGUAAGGCAACACAGAAGGUUGUCAUUGGAGAUCAUGAUGGUGUUAUUACCUGUUUUGGUAUCAAAAAAGGAGAAGCUGUGCCAGUAUUCAAGACCUUACCAGGAGAAAAGAUUGCACGGUUAGAACUGGGAGGUGCUCUUAAUACACUCCAGGAGAAAAUCUUUGUGGCUGCAGGAUCUGAGGUUAGAGGCUUCACAAAGAAAGGGAAACAGUUUCUUUCGUUUGACACCAACCUCACCGAAAACAUCAAAGCUAUGCAUAUAUCUGGAGCGGAUCUUUUUCUUUGUGCGAGCUAUAUCUAUAACCAUUAUUGUGACUGUAAGGACCAGCACUACUACCUAUCAGGAGAUAAAAUCAAUGAUGUUCUCUGUCUUCCAGUAGAGAAACUUUCUUGCAUUACACCGAUAUUGGCAUGUCAAGAUAGAGUUCUUAGAGUUUUGCAGGGAUCAGAUUUGGUGUAUGAAAUGGAAGUCCCAGGUCCACCUUCUGUUUUAGCUUUGAAUAAUGGAAACGGUGGUGACUCUGGUGAAGAACUUCUAUUUGCGACCUCUGAUGGCAAAAUUGGUCUGGUACAGAUUUCUGGGGUUUCUCCAGAAGAAAAGUGGAAAAUUGGAAAUGAGAAAAAGAGAGGAGGCGUUUUAUGUAUGGAUAGCUUUGACAUUUUGGGAGAUGGAGUUAAAGAACUGCUUAUUGGUCGAGAUGAUGGAAUGUUAGAAAUCUAUAACUUUGAAAGUGCAAAUAGCCCUGUCCUCAGAUAUGAAUAUGCCUUUUCAGAAAGUGUCACAUCUGUCCAAGGUGGCUGUGUUGGGAAGGAGGGCUAUGAUGAGAUCAUAACAUCAACAUAUUCAGGGUGGGUGGCAGGACUUACUACGGAGCCUCUUGAUAGAGAAUGCGGAUCAGGGGAUGAACUAAAGAUGAGUCAUGAAAUGCAGAACAAGAUUUUAUCCUUAAGGAAUGAAUUAGAACAAUUACAGAUCAAGGUUCUUCAAGAGCGUGAAAAGUACCAGCUAUUCUCUCGAUCUAGCACUGCUGUUUCAGCAGUACCAACAUUCAGUGUGAAUGAUAAGUUUACGUUAAACAGAGAUGAUGCCAGCUACAGCCUUGUCCUGGAGGUCCAGACAGCUAUUGAUACUGUCUUGCUACAGUGUGAUGUUCCAAUAGACCUAAAGGAUGUGGACAAAAAUUCAGCAGUUGUUAGCAUUGUUGACUGUGAAUCUGAGCCAAAUGGCAACUUCCUCCUUGCUACAUAUCGAUGUCAGGCAAACACUACAAGGCUGGAGCUUAAGAUUCUGUCAAUUGAAGGUCGGUAUGGGAUACUACAAGCAUAUGUAACUCCAAGAGUUCAACCAAAAACCUGUCAAGUUCAGCAGUAUCAGAUUAAGCCACUUUCCCUACAUCAAAGAACGCAUUAUAUUGAUCGUAACAGGCCCAUGAAUACAUUAACUCUCAAAGGCCAGUUCAGCUUUGCUGAAGUUCAUUCCUGGGUUGUGUUUUGCUUGCCUGAAGUUCCUGAAAAGACACCGGUGGGAGAGAGUGUCAGCUUCUACUUUCAAAACACCUUUUUGGAUACACAGCUUGAAUGUACUUACCGGAAAGGGGAGGGAUACUUCAGAUCUGACAAUAUAUCCACGAUAUCCAUUCUGAAAGAUGUGCUCUCUAAAGAAGCCACUAAAAGGAAAAUCAACCUCAAUAUAUCAUGUGAUAUAAAUGAAGUAUCUGUGAAUCACACCUUGAAGCUAAUUCACCCAAAAUUAGAAUACCAGCUGAUGCUAGCUAAGAAAGUAGAAUUAAUAGAUGCUUUAAAAGAAUUACAGGCUCAUGAAGGAAAUAUGGACUUCCUGAUUCCAGAAUAUCGCAGCAUUUUAGAGGAGGCAGAGCAGCUGCUCCAAGAGCAUGAGAAACAACCUGCAUCCCUUGAAAGACUUUACGGUAUGAUUACAGAUCUAUUCAUAGAUAAAUUUAAAUUCAAAGGUACUAAUGUGAAAACCAAAGUUCCUCUCCUCCUGGAAAUUUUGGGAAGCUACGAUCAAAAUACAUUGCUUGCCUUUUUUGAUAGUGCUGCCUAAGCUGCAAGAAUUGAAACAAUGAAGUCUCUCUAAAUAAAAAGUAGUGGAUGCAAAUCAAAACAAUUGGAAUUUCAUUUUUACAUCAUUUAAAUGUUACUGUAUCAUUUUAUGAAUUUGACACAGAGGCUUGUGUUUUAUUAAGCAUUGUUUAAAAAAUGGCUGAUUUAAAAAUUCAAGAAUAUACCAUCUAUAAAUCAUAUAUAAGAUUUUUUUUUGCUCUGAAUGGUGGUUGAAAUAAUUAGCAAAAUGUGCAGCCAGAUCAAGUAUGUAUAUUCCAAAGAUUAGAAAAUGGGAAAGCAUUCCCCAUUUAUUAGCACUUAAAUAAACUAUACCUAGAUUUUAAUUAUUUUAACCAUGUAAUGUGAAAAUUAGGAAGCUUGGACUCUGGAGCCAUAUGAAAUUGUGUCCAAUACUCUCUGUAUACUGAGUGUUACAGUACUGUAUAUUUUGUGUAUUAUAGAUAAUGAUGUAUAUAGAAAAGAAAAAUGUAACUUACAGCAACUAUAAUUUGUUUAAUUAUUCUAAUUCAUAAAUUUUAAUAAACAAUUUUUAAAGAGUG